AUGGAAAGGCGGCAAGAAGCAUUUCCUGGAAAAAUGGCUUAUCAACAAGUUAUAGAUCCUCUUAAGAUGGCUAUACAACAAGAUAAUGCAGGAAAUUACGCAUUUGCACUUGAAAAAUAUAUUGAAUGCGAACGCCUUCUUCAAAAAGCAUUGAAAGAUGGUCUACCUCAAAAGUUAAAUGAUGAAGUAUCCACUAAAAUCGGAAAUCUUCAAGCACGUAUUCGAGAAUUGCAUCCUUUCUUGAAUGCUCCACCUCAACCUCAAGAACCACCGCGCCAGAUGCCGAAAAGGACAAAAUCAGUAUCAAAUAUGCAACCUCAAAGAUUACCUGUCCAGAGACCAGUUCAAACAAGGCCCCAACAGCAAAAUUCAAAUCAACCAGACACAUUACAAUCAGCAAUCAUGAGUCAGCGACCAAACAUCAAAUUUUCAGAUGUUGCUGGUCUCACUGCUGCUAAACAAUCCCUUUACGAAGCAGUUAUUAUGCCAAUAAAAGUUCCAGAUAUGUUUAAAGGUCCAACAGUACCUUGGAAAGGUAUUCUUUUAUACGGACCACCAGGAACUGGAAAGAGCUUCCUCGCUAAAGCAGUUGCAGGAGAAGCGAAUCAAUCUACAUUUCUUACUGUUUCUACAUCCGACUUAACUUCUAAAUGGGUCGGUGAAAGUGAAAAGCUUAUUAAGUCAUUAUUCCAAACCGCCAGACAAUCAAAGCCUUCUAUCGUCUUUAUUGAUGAAAUCGACUCAUUAGUUGGCGACAGAGGCGAAGACAACAGUACAGAAGCAGGCAGAAGAAUGAAAACAGAGUUCCUCAUACAAAUGGAUGGCGUAGGUGUUGACAAUACCGGAAUAAUUAUUAUUGCAGCGACAAAUCUUCCUUGGGCAAUUGAUCCUGCUAUGCGACGAAGGUUCGAAAAGAGAGUUUAUGUACCUUUACCUGAUAAAGAUGCUAGAAUGGCCUUGAUUGUCCAUAAUUUGAAGGAAGCAUCUACAGAUAUCACGAAAAGUGAUAUUAAAAAGAUCGUUGCAGCCACAGAAGGCUUUAGUGGUGCAGACAUAACCAUUCUCAUCAGAGAUGCUCUGAUGCAACCCAUAAGAGAACUCCAAAAAGCAACUCAUUUCAAAAAAGUCAAAGCGAAAGACACAAAAGGAGUUGAAAGAGAUGGAGUUUGGGUCGCAUGCUCACCAUCAGCAAGGGGAAGUGUUGCAAAAAGAUGGGAUGAAUUACCUCCUGAAGAUCUCGCUCAACCUAUUGCGAAUAUGUCUCAUUUCAAUGCUUCUUUGAGUAAAGUAAGACCAUCUGUGUCAAAGGCAGACUUAAAGAAGUACGAACAAUGGACAAAAGAAUUCGGUGAAGAUGGAAGUUAA